UCUCAUUCGAAUUCAAACUUCUCCCUUUCCCCAAUAUCUCGCUUCCUUCCUAUUUACUUUCUCCAUCUCAUUCUCAUCUCUUCAUUCCACAUUUCCACUUAGCAGCCCCCGACCCCGGUAUCUAGCUAAGCCUAGAGAGAAAGAAAAAAAAAAAUGCAAUUCCUCCAGUCUCCAGUCACCGGCGACCAGAAGCCGAGGCCAAACAGUGGCCGGAAGCCUCUGCAACCCAAGAACUCACUGCCCGCCUCUGAGGUAGUCCAGAUCUCCACAAAGCCACUCCCGAAGCCAGAUUUGGGAAAUGUCAACGUCUAUGUUUCUAGCGGCGGGGACAAGGAGAACCGGAACCAGUGUCCAAUUUACGCCACCCCUCCAGCUCGUAAGAAGCCCCUCCAGCAGCCGCCGUCCAUCCCGCCGAUCGACUCAUCCCUGGCGGAGGAGCUGAGCGCGAUGCGGAAGAGAAUGGAGCGGCUGAGGUCGGACAGAGAGAAGACGGAGAAGAUGCUCAAGGAGAGAGAUAGGGUGCUGGAUCUGCAGAUGAAGGAGAUGGAAGCGAGGGCAGAAGCCCAGAUGAUGAUGGAGAUGGAGGUGGAUCGGCUCUUUCGAUUGAAGGAGCUCCAUUCUUACUCCACGCAGAGGAUUUCUCCGCUUCGGUCGCUUAGAGAGAAGGAGCAAGAAAGGAAGCUAAGCCGCGGAUACGAUGAAGAGGCGAUGGCAGAGGAAGACGAAGGAAGCAGCGGAUUGCAGCACCAGCAGCGUGGGAAUGACAGUCCAUGCUGCUCAAGCACAAGCUCAAAUUCCAUUUCAACCCAACAACAACUGGUUGUUGCUGUCUAGUUAGUGUACUGUUUGCGGGUUUAUCUUCAACUUUCUCUGCUUGGCCAUCGUCUCGAUGUUUGAUUGGGAUGAUCAGCUUUAACCUUUGCGGCUAUGUUCAAAAACAGAUAUCACCUUAAUGGAGCCUUGUGAAUUUGAAACACUUCUACUAUAAUAGAAUUCCAUGUUCAUGGAGAAGUUUAUGGCACAAUCUCUUCCCCGUUAUUGUUAUUUCAACAGCAACAAGACUAUGCUUGCUACUAUCAACUAUGCAUCUAUGCCAUCAAAACU